GAGACAUUAUAACUUUUCGUGGCCCUGUGUGAUGUUAAAAGACGCUCGUAGAGGACCCACGAGACUUACAGUCCAUUUGUUGAGCUGUGUUUAUGAGUCAUGUGAGUAAUAUAAACAGAAGGCACGUUUCGCCGCUCCACGCGCACUGGGCUUGAACAGAGUUGGCAACAGGAGCCCACCUGUGUUUGAUCACAAAGACAGGGUACAUGCAACUUCAGAGGUGACGCUCAAAGUCUAGAAGUCGCGAUUUGGACGCCUUAAAAUUGCUUGUGAUAAGAUAAAGGUGAGUGAAAGGUCACAGACUUGAACUCACCGAUAUUUUUCCAAGCGCGUGAGGACGUCUCACUGCGCGCGCGAUGGGACAAGUUAGACCACUGAAUGGGUGACAGCUCGCGAGAUGAGUAAGAGAAAUCCUUGACUCCACUCUUGAAUUUUUAAAAGCGUUGUGGAUCUCAGCUGGCUGUUGCUAUGACUGCAGCGGUGUAGCGUUUCUGGUCAGGCUGGACCUCAAGCAAACUCCACUGCCCCCUAACUGAUUGAUUCUCUGGCCAGGAGGAAAGUCCAGUUACAGUUCACAGUAGCUUUAAACUUUAUUCCAUUUGCUGAUGUGAUCCUCUAUGCUUUGGAGAUUAAGCAACAGAAGUAAAGCUUUAAAAGGCAUGGUUGCACACCUACGUUUAUAAGAUGACGCUCAACACACAGAAAGAGGGAAAGGAACCACUGAGGAGAAGAGCAAGCACUCCCAUACCCUCCUCUCGUCAAGCGGGCCGGGGAGACAGAGACCCCUCGACUGAUCCGUAUCACCCUCCGCUCGCCCAGUCUGCCUCAUACCACCCCGGAGACAAGAGCAUCCACUCACGGGCCAACUGGUCUUCAGACUCGGAAUCGGACAGCUCUGGAGCAGAGUGUCUUUAUCGUGUGGUUUUGUUGGGGGACCACGGAGUGGGAAAGUCAAGCCUUGCCAACAUUUUUGCUGGAAUACAGGAGAAGGAUGCCCACAAACACAUUGGAGAGGACACGUAUGAAAGAAACCUUACAGUGGAUGGGGAGGAGACGACCCUAGUUGUGAUGGACACAUGGGAAACAGAAAAACAGGAGGAAGAUGAGAAGUGGGUGCAGGAUUACUGCAUGCAGGUGGGCAAUGCUUACAUCAUUGUUUACUCCAUCACUGACCGCAGCAGCUUCGAGAGCGCCUCAGAGUUGCGAAUCCAGUUGCGACGUAUCCGGCAGGCUGAAAACAUUCCCAUCAUCCUUGUGGGCAACAAAAGUGACUUAGUGCGCUCUCGAGAGGUGGCAGUAGAAGAGGGUCGGGCUUGCGCAGUGGUGUUCGACUGCAAGUUCAUAGAAACCUCCGCUUCUCUUCACCACAAUGUUCAUGAGCUCUUUGAAGGCAUCGUGAGGCAGAUCCGACUGCGGCGAGAUAGCAAAGAGAUCAACGAGCGCCGACGCUCUGUCUACAAGCGACAAGAAAGCAUCACCAAGAAGGCCAGACGCUUCCUGGAUCGACUGGUGGCCAAGAACAAUAAAAAGAUGGCCCUGAAAGUGCGCUCCAAGUCCUGCCAUGACCUCACAGUGCUGUGAUCCAACAGUUGCAUAAGUUGUCUACUUCCAUUCCUUGAACUUUGGGUCAUCUGUUUCUUCAUGUUUCAUGUAAGCACAAGAAAAGUUUUGGUCUUUCAAGUAUGUCCACUUUUGAAUACAUUUAGUUUUUUCUAUUUUUGUUGUUAUUUAUUUGUCAAAAUAUUACAAAAUGGAAUAUUGACAUUUUUUAGUGAUUCCUUGUUCUGCAAUUUAAUAGAUCAGAUGCUUCAUGGGUGUUUGGUUUAUUACUGUAUAUCAUCAAACAAAUGGACUUGAACAUUUAUGAACAUUUUUAUCAAUGUUUGCCUUAUCAGACUGAAUAAGACUAGUUAGAAUUAACAAGCAAUAUUUAUUAUUCUGUGUUGUUUAUACAGUUUUUCUUAAAGAGCAAUUAUUUCAUCUUGUUUUUGUUUUUCUGCAAAGGAAGUACUUUUUGUAGCCUGCAAGUUAUUUGCUAUGACAAAUGCACAGCCCAUUAGAAAAAGUAAAGGAAAAACAGCAAAUACUGCUAUUAAUAUUUUAU